GAGCCAAUACAUACCAUCAACAUCUCUCUCCACCCUUUCCACAACCUAUUAGAGAGAGAAAAUAAUGGAAGCAUUCCCGAUUCAGUUCUGCAGAGCCGUGAGAUCCUACUGGGUUCGCCGGCGCUAUGAACGGCUUGAAAGAAGUAAUAAGAAGACCGUGAAGGUUGCCCGGCUCGGCGGUGGCGCCGGUUUUCGCCGACCGAUCAAGUUCAGGCGGACGUUCCGGAUCCGGUUCAAAAUGCUGUCGCCGGUCCGCCUCUUGGCCCGGCUCAGGGAUGCUUAUGUGGAGGCAAUGCUUGGGCUUGCUGGGAAGGGGUCGGGCCUGUCCUCCUCAGCCGGGGCGGAGCUUCUCCUGACCCGGAGGAUUCCUAAGGCCCGACCUGGCAAGCUUGAACCCGGUGCUUUCGAGCGCCGGUUGCUACUUGAGAUCUGCCGGUCCAUUCGCGAAUCUGGCGGGUUAGCCGCUAUUUAACGGCCGAAAUCAUUAGGAGUUGAUGAGGUUGAGCUUGCUGCGAAGUUCUUAGGGAAGGGCUAAAUUGUAAAAUACAUUCCAAGGGUAUAAAUGUAAACAGAUUUUUUCAUUUUUUUUUGUGUCGUCAUUGCUGGGUAGAAAUGUAAUUUUCUUUUUGUUCCUGCCUUUUUUAUAAACAUGUAGUCUCGUGCAAUAUUGGGUGACUGCUUUGCUACAAGUCGUGUAAUUCCUUCGUUCUUAAAUUCCAAGUCAACAUUCGCAUA